AUGGAGCGGGAAGUGCCGGAGCUGGCGGAGCAGGUGGGGGACCACAAGUUCAGCGCCCACCGGAUCGUGCUGGCGGCGUCCAUCCCGUACUUCCACGCCAUGUUCACCAACGACAUGAUGGAGUGCAAGCAGGAGGAGAUCGUCAUGCAGGGCAUGGACCCCAGUGCGCUGGAGGCUCUGAUCAACUUCGCCUACAACGGGCACCUGGCCAUCGACCAGCAGAACGUGCAGUCCCUGCUCAUGGGGGCCAGUUUCCUGCAGCUCCAGAACAUCAAGGAUGCCUGUUGUACAUUCCUUAGGGAAAGGCUCCAUCCCAAGAACUGCCUGGGGGUGCGGCAGUUCGCCGAGACCAUGAUGUGCGCGGUGCUCUACGACGCUGCCAACAGCUUCAUCCACCAGCACUUCGUGGAGGUCUCCAUGUCCGAGGAGUUCCUGGCCCUGCCCUUCGAGGACGUCCUGGAGCUCGUUUCCAGGGACGAGCUCAACGUGAAGUCUGAAGAGCAGGUGUUUGAAGCUGCCUUAGCCUGGAUCCGGUACGACCGAGACCAGAGGGAGUCCUUCCUGCCCGAGCUCCUCUCCAAGAUCCGCCUCCCGCUGUGCCGGCCGCAAUUCCUCACGGACCGCGUCCAGCAGGACGACCUGGUGCGCUGCUGCCACAAAUGCAGGGAUCUGGUGGACGAAGCCAAGGAUUACCACCUCAUGCCGGAGCGCCGACCGCACCUCCCGGCGUUCAAGACGCGCCCCCGGUGCUGCACGUCCAUAGCAGGGCUGAUCUACGCCGUGGGAGGGCUGAACUCGGCAGCAAAUUUCUACGCAGGCGACUCCCUGAACGUGGUGGAGGUGUUUGAUCCCAUUGCCAACCGGUGGGAGAAGUGCCAGCCCAUGACGACGGCGCGGAGCCGCGUCGGGGUCGCCGUGGUCAACGGGCUCCUCUACGCCAUCGGCGGCUACGACGGCCAGCUCAGGCUCAGCACCGUGGAGGUCUACAAUCCAGAGACGGAUUCCUGGUCCAAAGUGGAAAGUAUGAACAGCAAGAGGAGCGCCAUGGGAACGGUGGUGCUGGAUGGGCAGAUCUACGUGUGCGGUGGAUACGAUGGGAACUCAUCCCUCAACUCCGUGGAGUCCUACUCUCCAGAGACAAACAAGUGGACAGCAGUGACCCCCAUGAGCUCCAACCGCAGCGCCGCCGGAGUCACCGUCUUCGAGGGCCGGAUCUACGUGUCGGGAGGGCACGACGGGCUGCAGAUCUUCAACAGUCGUGGGGGAAUAUUCCCCGGGCGUUUCCCAAGCCGCUCUCCCUGA